AUGAGAGUGAGUGAACUACAAAAAGGAAACAUCCUCAUAACUCACAUAAAGAGAGUCCCCAUUGAGUAUAAAUAUACAGUAUUUGAUUAUGAACCCGGCGAGUAUUUCGGUGUACUGCACAUUACAUUACACCUACACAUUAGCUCACCACAGUAUAUAUUCAACAGGAUAGAGCGGAUUAAAGAUACAAAGAGUACAAGAGUACCAAUUAUUCUACUACUGAUUAAUCAAGAUAUAACCACACUUUCUACAUCAUCCGUAUUUACUAAAUUACAGAUUGACUGUAUCUCAUUAAACAUACGCAUAAUACCAGCAUAUACUCCUGUAGAGUGUGCUAAGUAUAUAGAGAAUAUGCAUUUGUAUAAGAAUGAAUUAGUACACUUAAGAAAUUAUCAGAGAACAUUAAACCAAGCAAAGAGAGAAUUAUCAGAUAAAUUAUCAACAGAGGGAAGUGUCCGUAAAUUAUUAUUUAUACGUUCUAUUCCUAAAAUAACCAAAUCUGAUGGGAUACUUCUUCUGAGCACUCGUACAAUUUCUGGUGUACUGAAUGAUUCUAUUAUGCAUAAAUUAUCUCAUGAGAAUGGCAUUGGUAAAUUAAAAGAAUCUUCAGUGAGGGAUUUCUUUAUGCAGAAAUUCAACUAG